AUGUGUUAUUCAGUGUUGCUGUUGCUAUCUCCGUCUGCCCUGGGAUGUAUCGAGAGCUGCACCCAGCAGUUUAAUCUCGACAUGCAGGCCGCCCUGAUGGGGGACACGACCUUGGCAGCUGCCAUGAGCUGUGCGGCCAUCACGAAACACAUACAGUGUCUGCAGCGGGUUGAAGCUAGCUGCACUCUGAACACGAACUAUCAGAUGCUCCAUCAAAGCACGCUAUCCGCCGCCCAGCAGAAAUACAACCAGUUCUGCCAAGGGGUGUCCGGCAUGGGCAGCGUCUCCAACUGUGGAGGCCAAUACAUGGUGUGCAACGAGCAACUCAACAGCACCUUCAACGUCGCCAUGGCAUCGUUCGAUAUUCAAAAAGCAUGCAUAUCUCUGAACAAUUACUCCUCGUGUGUUGAGAACAUGAUCACAUUGCCCAACUGCGGCCAGCUGUCUCAACAGGCAAUGCGGACAGUGGCCAUUCUCAUGUCCAAAUAUGGUCCUUCCUGCCAGGCAGAUACAAUUAAAGAAGGACAGACUAUUGCAAGCUGCAUGAACCGAACAAUGCAGUGUUUAGACAGUUUUAAAGAUACAUUCUCUAUCGCUGUGAACGCUUCUGAUAUGCCUACGAUGUGUCAGGCUCUCGGCCAAUACACGACGUGUAUAGAGAAUCUUCGACAGGACACGACAUGCAGUCAGUACGUGGCGCACGCCCUGGUGAACAUCGAAACACUGCGGUCACAACACCGUGUGGCGUGUGGGCCAGGUAGAAACCAGGGCUGAGUUCAGCCAGACCGAACAGAAAGAAAAACGUUCGCAAGACAGAUGUAUGCGUUUAGCGUAAAUACCAAAUGACCACAUCAGGGCCGAGUUCAGCCAGACCGAACAGAAAAAAAUGUUCGCAAGUCAGAUGUAUGCGCUUAGCGUAAAUACCAAAUGACCACACCAGGGCUGAGUUCAACCCGACCGAGCUGAAAAACGUCCACUAGACUGGUUUAUCCGCUUCAUAUUAAACUAAAUGGCCACGUCUGGAACCAAUAAAAUAGUUCACGAAUGUUAGCAAAACGUUCGUUGGCUGAACUUGGGGAUAGCUCAUAUUCAGUGAGCCGUUCCAGAAGUGGUAAUUGGUUUAAUGUGUAGCGUAAAAGCCAGUCGUAAAAAUCGUUAGCAACUAACGGUUGGUUGAACUUACCACAGAGACCCGUCAAAUAGGGCUGAGUUCAGCCAGACCGAGCAGAAAAAACGUUCGCAAGGCUGGCGUAUGUGUUUCAUGUUUAACCAAAAUGGCCAUAUCAGGACUACGUUCAGCCAGCCGCUUUUUGCUAAACGUUUGCAAACUGUUUUGACUGGUUCCCGAAGUAGUCAUUAGGUUUAAUGUGUAGCGUAAAAAAACAGUGCCACUCAGCAAUUCAAAUUCACUCUGGGUUGACAAGAACACGACCAUUUGAAAAGAAACGUGCUCGUAUCUUUAAAAAACAUUGUAUUAAACAAAUGUUUGACAGCCAAUAGUCGAUGAUUAAGAACUUUCCCUAACUGAGCAGGUACAAUUACCCCCCCCCCCCCACUCCCCCUCCCCCCCGCCCCAGUUACUAUUUCUUGAUUGUCAUUUUUUUCACAGAUAUGCAAUGCAGUUUAUUCUACAGUUAGCACCAAUGUCACGGAGGGUUUUUUCUCAUAACAUUAAGCACACAGUCACAGGUUAUAGUAUCUUUAAAAACAGUGUAUUAAACAUUGAUCUGGGCGGGACAUACAGGUAGCUCAGUGGUAAAGUGCUUGCCUGAUGCGCGGCCAGUAUGGGAUCGACCCCCGUCUGUCUCUAUGUCUGUCUCUAUGUCUGUCUGUCUCUUGGUAUAUCUGUCUCUGUAUGUCUGUGUGUGGUGCUUUCUGUGUCUGUCUAUCACUUACCUACAUAUCCCUGUCAGACAGACAGGUCGUUCCAGCCAGUGACCACGACUGAUAUAUCAAAGACCAUGGUAUGUGCUAUCCUGUCUAAUGUAUGGUGCAUACAAAAUAUCCUUUGCUACUAAUUGAUAAAUGUAGCGGGUUUCCUUU